UCAACUUCCGCCAUCUUUUCGGGAAGUCAGUACGGUUUGGAUGUAGACGAAUAAUACUUAUAAAAAUACCAAAGCUGGUCUAAAUGUCAAACUCCACGAGCUUACAGAAAGCCAUUGACAUAGUCACCAAGGCUACAGAAGAAGACAAGAAAAAGAAUUAUGAGGAAGCCUUGAGGCUGUAUGAGCAUGGUGUAGAGUACUUUCUCCAUGCAAUUAAAUAUGAGGCACAUAGUGACAAAGCCAAGGAAAGUAUCAGAGCUAAGUGUGUUUCAUAUUUGGACAGAGCAGAGAAAUUAAAACAGCAUGUCAGUGGCAAGAAACAGAAACCAGUAAAGGAUGGCAGUAGUGGUGGAAAUAAAAAGAAAGGAGACAAUGACAGCAGUGACAGUGAUUCAGAAGGAAAUGCUGAAAAGAAAAAGUUUCAGACACAGCUGGAAGGGGCCAUUGUGAUGGAGAAACCUAACAUUAAAUGGGACGAUGUAGCAGGUUUGGAUGGAGCCAAAGAGGCAUUAAAAGAGGCAGUCAUUCUGCCCAUUAAAUUUCCCCAUCUAUUCACAGGUAAAAGACAGCCGUGGAGGGGUAUAUUAUUGUAUGGGCCCCCAGGGACAGGGAAGUCUUACCUAGCCAAAGCAGUAGCCACAGAAGCCAAUAACUCCACCUUCUUCUCAGUGUCUUCAUCAGAUUUGGUCUCAAAAUGGCUGGGAGAAAGUGAAAAAUUAGUAAAGAAUCUAUUUGAGAUGGCCAGAGAACACAAGCCGAGCAUCAUUUUCAUAGAUGAAGUGGACUCCCUCUGCUCGUCCAGGAGUGAUAACGAGUCUGAGUCAGCCAGGAGAAUUAAGACAGAGUUUCUUGUACAAAUGCAGGGUGUUGGGAAUGAUAAUGAAGGAAUUUUGGUGUUAGGAGCCACAAAUAUUCCUUGGGUGCUUGACUCUGCUAUAAGGAGAAGAUUUGAGAAAAGAAUCUACAUCCCACUCCCAGAAGCGCCUGCUCGAGCCACCAUGUUUCAGUUGCAUCUUGGGAACACCCCAAACUCUCUCACUCAAGAAGACUUCAGAGAAUUAGGACUGAGAACUGAGGGCUACUCUGGAGCAGAUAUCAGUAUAGUAGUAAGAGACGCACUCAUGCAGCCAGUGAGGAAAGUACAGACUGCUACACAUUUCAAAAGGGUAAGAGGCCCAUCACGUGAUAACCCAGAUAUGAUAGUCAAUGACCUCUUGACCCCUUGCUCCCCGGGUGAUCCCCAGGCUAUGGAAAUGAACUGGGUGGAUGUGCCUGGAGAUAAAUUAUUUGAACCUGUUGUUUCUAUGAGUGAUAUGCUGAUGUCCCUUGGGGUGAUGAAGCCCACUGUUAAUAAGGCUGAUCUGGAUAAAAUACAAAAAUUCACUGACGACUUUGGAUCAGAGGGAUAAUUGCCUUAUCCCCCAAUGAGGAUGAUUAUGAAGAUUCUCCGGAUAAACUUAUAGUUAAAAUUUGAUAUUUAUCAUGAUUGUAUAUCCCUUUGUAAAGGUUUUAAUGGUUUUUGUCUGUGUUUAUGAUUCGAAGAAACAAGAUGCAAGUUUUUCUACCAGCAUUACUCCAAAGUUUGGGAAAUUUUGGAUUUAAAGUGGAAAACCCUGAUGACAUUUCUGAACAGUUUUCAUGUGAAUAGUUGACAUUUUAAUUUCCCUAUAGUCAUACUCUGGUAAUUUGGAGACUUUUAAGGAUAUUGUGAUUUCAAGAUACAAGAACUCCUGCUGCAAUGGCUGUUAUCUGAUAAUUUCAUCAGCAAUUUUUUUAUUUUAGUAUUUUCAUUAAUUGGAAUCCUGAUGAAUUUGUCCAAAACUGGAUUUUUUUAUGUUUUAUAACCAUAUUUUUUGUUUUGCUUUGUUAUUUUUUUUAUAACACAACCAUAAUUUGAUCAUGAACAGUUAAUCAACUUUCAAAUUGAUAUUUGCUGUACAGACACGUUACACAAGUCAAAAUAUAGUGAAAAAUGAUCAAACUUGUAUAAUAAAUUUCAAACCCUUAAUAAAGCCUUGCUCUUUACACAUUA